CGGAUAACAAAAUCAACAGACUACUAGGCAAAGAGACAGUGACGGUGAAAUGUCUCUCUGAAGGUGAACCGUGUUAUUUUCAUACUGGUCUUCGGUAUUCCUUCAUUAAUUCUUACCAGAGGGAAGUCAGAGACGCCAGAGAGAGAAGGAAGAAGAUGGGAGAGGAAUGCCAAUUGACCAUGGCUUCCCAUCCAGGGGAAAUAGAACUGAAACACUGGCCAGUGGCUUCCCACCGCACCCCAGGUCCUCUGAAGACGUUAUUCCACAAACUUGGUCUGGAAAAACAAUAUCCUAAUAAACUGACUCUUAGAUCUUUGCUUGAGAUCAACAAGGACAGCAUUUCUGAUGACGCUGUUGACUCACUCAAAGCAGUACCACUGUACUUUCUGAGGAAACUAUUGAUUGUCAAUGCAGACUGUAGGAGUUGUACAUGUUUACCUGAGGAUGAAAGUAGCAUAGACCUUUAUAGAGAUGAGAAUCCAGAGAAUAAUGAGGUAAAUCUUCUAGAUCUCAUCACUGCACUCUUUCUCUGUGCUGACAGUUUCCUGCAGCAGGAAAUGGCCCUCAAGAUGUCCAUGUGCCAGUUUGCUGUGCCACUCCUGCUACCCCCGGGCACCGGCAGUCAGAGCACCCUCAUGUUGUGGGCCUUGAGGGCUAUCCUUAAAGAGUGGCGCCCACAUGCUCUAUCAGAGUCAAAAGGGUUUGAGGAAGGUAAUAUUGUCUUUGAGCAAAUACCUUUCAUCUCCUUUGUCAGGCUUAAAGACUGUAGCAUUUCCAAAUCGCAGCUCUUGAAUCAUAUCUUUGGCCAACAGAUUCACAACAUUUUCCCUCACAAAGACAUGGAUGGAGGGACAGCUCCAAGGAUGAUCUCAGGUGGCUUGGUAGAGGCUUGCUGGUAUCUUCCAUGUGGAAAAAGUAAUGGUGGUGGAUUUCCGGAACCACUAACCGUUGCUAAUUUGAGAGGAGAUAUUUGUGCUUCACAAGUACAAUUUAGUUUUCUAACCCAAGUGUCAACAGCCAUCUUCAUCUUUCUGGACAGUGUUGAUGAAGAUGAGCGGAAGUUGUUGCUCUCUCUUGGGGACAUGGGAUCCAAGCUGUUCCUCGUGGUCAAUUCCAAAGGAGAGGAGAGCCGUAAUGCUGAAACGUCGGUAAAUGAGAUAAUGGAGGCAUUCAAACUAAAGUCAAACAAUAAAUUGAUACGGAGAACAAAUGCAAACCUUGCAAAAUUUUCACAUUCGAUCAGCAAAGCCAUUAACAAUAUUUUGAAGGAAUCUACUUCAAAAAUAAGCAUAGAAAGCAUGUCAAACAAAGCUAUCGAACUGGAGAUAUCUGUUGAUGAAUGUAAGACUGAGGCCUCAAAAUCAGCAGCUGAGGAGAUUCUGAAAGGCAUUGGAGACCAGAGCAUAGUGGAUUACAAGAGGAACCAGCUGCCAUUGCAAGGGGAACACUGGAAACAAUUAGCUAAGCUAGAGAAAGAGGAGUGCAGGUUAAAAAACUCAGGGGAAAGCAGAUUGGAAGAGUACAGAGCCAAACUCCAGGAGGAUAAACUGAAGAUUAGAAGAGAGCAGAACAAAUACAAGACUACCACAGCAAUGGCAAGCUUUCUAGGAUACCUGGCAACAACCGAUAAAGAGGGAAAGGCCCUAUUUCUGAAAUGAUUACAGCUCAAGCUGGAUAUAUGUUCACGGAAAGACAUGUCAUCUCUGCGCAACAGAUUCCAAGAACAGUCUUUGGUGAAGCAAGGUAAUAAAUGUUUGGAAGAGCUAGAUCAAUGUAUUUUGGACUCAUCUCUAGGAAUCGAACAUUUCAUGAGAGAGAUGGGACAAAUCUACGAGGCAUCCAGUCUUGGAAAUCCCCAAGCAUCAGCAGAACAUUGCCCUCUACCUGCCCUGGCAGCUGAGCUACUGUUGGAUGGCUAUCCAUUUGAGCUUUUAGAUGGAGAUGCCUCCAACAUCCCAGAGAAGUGGGUGACUGAUGUCCUGAUGGAGCUUCACAGAAAGGUAGGAGAGAAGAGUAAGCUGUUUGUACUAACUGUAUUGGGGGUACAGAGCACAGGGAAAUCAACACUGCUCAACACCAUGUUUGGUGUGCAAUUCCCCGUCAGCAGUGGCAGAUGCACAAGGGGAGCGUUCAUGGUUUUCCUCAGGGUUGGAGAGGACAUGAGGAAAGACCUGCGUUGUGACUUCAUCCUUCUAAUCGACACAGAGGGUCUCAAGUCACCAUCUCUAGCACAGCUGGAUGAAAGCUGUGAACACGACAAUGAGUUGGCAACUCUAGUGAUCGGUCUUAGUGAUAUCACAAUCAUCAACAUUGCCAUGGAGAACUCAACAGAGAUGAAUGACGUCCUGCAGAUAGCUGUUCAUGCCUUCUUAAGGAUGAAAGAAGUUGGGAAAAUUCCAGUUUGUCAUUUUGUGCACCAAAAUGUGGCAGGACUGUCUGCACACAACAAGAAUGUGAGAGACAGAAAAUAUAUUCUGGACCGACUCAAUGAGAUGACACAGAUUGCAGCUGAGAUGGAGAAGCGGCCCUCUGUGAAUAGAUUCACUGAUGUAUUGGAUUAUGAUGCAGACAAAAACAACUGGUAUAUUCCUGGGCUGUGGCACGGCACACCACCAAUGGCACCUGUCAAUACAGGUUACAGUGAAGCUGUUUUCGACCUCAAGAAGAACAUUCUAGAAGUUCUUAAAACAUGCAGGUAUGAGGAACCUUCACAGAUCCCAGAAUUCAUCAAAUGGAUGAAGAGUUUGUGGAAAGCUGUGAAAUAUGAGAACUUCAUUUUCAGCUUCAGAAAUACUCUUGUUGCUCAAGCAUAUGACAACCUCUGGAAAGAAAUGACUCAAUGGGAGUGGGAAAGCCGAAAGAACAUCUAUACAUGGCAGACGAAGGCAGACCUACAAAUCUCAAACCUUGAGGUAAACAGCUUUGAAAACCAGGCAGAAAUCCAAGACUUGCAGAAAUUGGCGGAAUCUUUAAAAUCUGAGGCAUUGAAAAUGGCGGCAACUCUGGAGAAAGAGAUGACAGAGAAACUGGAUGCAUACUACAAAAAGAAAGACAGAAAUGUAUCCCUGAUAGAAAAGAACAAAAUAGAUUUCUUUCAUCAUAUCCGGGAUGUUCACAGAGAUAUCUUAAACACAGAGAAUAAUAAACUUGACAUGGCCGUUACGCUUAAAAUCAGCACAAUCAAGGCCGAUGAUAUUCAUAGAAAACAGAAAGUCAUGAUUGAGCAGAAGGUAUUGCAGCUUCUUCAAAACUCCAGUGACAACAAAACCCCACUCUCAGACGAGCAGCUGGAAGAUGAGUUUGGGAAGAUGUGGAGCCGAGAAGUUGUGAAGAUUUCAGGGUUGACAGAGCAGAACAUUCCUUCUUCUGUUUUCAAGCAGUUGAGAGGAGAUUUCUCUAAUCGCAAUGUGAAUGAGGAGUUUCAAAAUGUAGAGACUCUGACAGCCUACGGCAUGGAGCCUUUCAAGGCCAGGGAUAGACACAUUUGUACUAUGACAAAAUUCAAACUGAAAAUGAUGAUGUUUGGGAAGAAAAAAAAGCGAAAGAAAGUUUGCAGAGAUUUUCAGAGAGCGUUAUUGAUACCUGCAGAAGGAUUAUCCUAGAUUCCACAAAAUCCCAAACAGAUUACCAUGAGUCUCUUACAAAAGAAGUUCUUGAGAAGAUAAACGAAUCUCUGAAAGAAAACUACAAGGACCUAAAAACAAAUACAAAGUUUGAGAUUGACCUGAAACUGCACAUAUGUGGUAUUGCCUCAAGGGAAUUCCUUCAAAUGCACAGGAAUUUCCUUCUUCGCAAAGAUCCUCAAAAGCGUCUGGAGGAGUCCAAGAAUCAGUACUUGUCUGCUUUCAUAGACUUAUACAGAGAGAGAGACCAUUGCCAACGCAAAGCACAGGACUUUGUUCAGCACAGUCUCCGACCAGCGAUCUUACAAUACAUCAAUAGGUUCCUUGGGACUGACAUUGUAGAUGAAAUGGUGAUAAGCAGCCACGCAGCAGAGUACAGAUCACGAUCAUCCUUCCAGUACUCUAUCCUCAAGGAGCUGCUGGAAAAAGAUGACUUCCAGGCCUUUGUCAAAUACUUUGAGAAGUACGAGAUCUAUGUUAAAGAUUUGAUAUGCCAGCACAUUAAAGAAUGCUUUUCAGCUGAGAUGUCGUUUGACAUGUUGAAAAACAAGAGGCUGAAGGAGAUCAAUCAAAAGAUAAUGGAGGCCAUUGAAAAAGCUAGCCAACCUCUGCCCAAGGACACUAAAAGUGUCACAGAGUUUAUGAAAAACCUGUGCAAACAUCUUGACAAAGACAUCUCCAUAUCUAUGGACGCUGUUGAGGUGGUCCUCUUUCAGAUAAGUACUACCUGCGAUCGUUUCACCACGAGUCUCCGCGAGUCACUGAGUGACUUGAAGCAGCAAAUGCAAGAUGAAUUCUCAAAAUCCAUUGACAUCAUUGAAUCCCUUUACGCCCUUCCCAUCAAACCUCAGGACGAGCUCUUCAUGCGUGUGUCGGGUUGUGCGAAGCAGUGCCCCUUCUGCAAAAUGCCGUGUGAUGCUGGAGGUAAAGAACACAGACAGCAUCACGCAAAUGCACAUCGACCACAAGCACUGGGCAGAUACAGAAGUGUUCAGACUCAAGAACUGAUUGAAACACUUUGCACAACUGAUGUAAACAGUAAAAAAUCAUUCAAAAAUGGAGACACUGACUGGGAGCUUCACCCUUACAAAGACUAUCGUACCUAUUACCCAGAAUGGAACAUCCAACCAGACUCAACUGAUGAGGCUUCUGACUACUGGAAAUAUGUCCUGGCGACAUACAACGACAGGCUGGCUGUGAUGCACAAUGCCAAGCCAGCUGUGAUUCCAGAGGCAUGGAAGAGCAUCACAAAAGCGCAAGCAUUGGAAGGAUUGAAGGUAGCUUUUGGUAUAAAAGUGUAGGUAGUAGCAGAAUUUUCCACCUGAGUGCAAUUUGGGCGACGACUUCAUUUAUGAAAAUCAAUGUUCAGAAUGUUAUGCUGUGUAAAUUAAAAUCAUGUUGUAAAAUGUAUUCUCUGAAUGCUCAGUAGAUGUAUAAUCUGUGUUCCAGGUACAUACGGUAUCUCCCAUGUUUAGACAGGUUGGCCUCCCGCUAGAAUGACUGUCCCAUACUGUAAAAUAAUCCCUUUUUUUAUAGCUUUGUAACAUGCAUACCUGUGUCACUGUCCAAGGUAAAAUUACUGUCCUAGGCAAAAUUACUGUAAAAUAACCCUCCAGAUUAAAAAUGAUUACGCUCCAUAAUAGCCUAAUCUGUCUCACUGUCCCAGAUAAUGGCGUGUUAAAAAUCAUUAGAAUCAUGUUUAAACUUACUUUGAAUAGGUUAGAGAUAUAAUUUUGGGGGGCAAGAUGAGACAGAUAUUUUCAUGUUAAUUGUUCAUUUAGUCUCUUGCUGUUAUGGCCUCUCUCCCACUCUCUCCCACUCUCUCCCACUCUCUCCCAUUAAUUGUUUGAUGUUUGGGUUUGUUUUGCUGUUGCUUUUGUUUUUCUUUAUUGUAAAGCGACUUUGUGUUUCAGAAACGAGCUAUAAAAAUACUAUGUAUAAUUAUUAUUAGAUGACGAUGACACCUAGAAUCUCUACAAUGUUCAACGGGAAGAGAUGACAUGACUGAAGAGGGAAUUGAUCGAGUGGCACGAACAAGUUCACCCUGAUCAUGUUCACCCUGAUCAUGUUCACCCUGAUCAUGUUCACCCUGAUCAUGUUCACCCUGAUCAUGUCGUUGUAUGUCUUUUAAUGGAACUGUGUGUGUAGAAAUAUUGUAUUCAAGACAUGAUUCAACUGUGACAAGAGGAAGGUUUUUAAACAAUGUGUCAAAAGCAAAAUAUGCUUAUUAAUUAAAUCUGAUUUGUCAUUAUUGAGGUUGUACAAUAAUUAACAUAUUGAUGAAAUUAUGUUAGUCACUGUAGUCUUGUGAAAAUAUGCAGAAUGUAAUAAACAACCUAUUCAUUUAA